AUUUGAGAUAUGAAUGUUUACUUUAACUACAAUAAAUAAAUUAAUUUAAGAAAAAAUACUUAACUCAACGUGAUCAUAAGUUAAAAAUGGUUCUCAUUAAAGAAUAUCGUUGUUGCAUGCCGAUUUCAGUCGAGGAAUACAAAGUUGGUCAAUUAUACAUGAUUGCACGACAUUCCUUGGAACAAAGUGAAAAAGGAACUGGAGUGGAAGUUGUGAAAAACGAAGAAUGCGAAGAUGAGGUGCACGGAAAAGGACAGUACACAGAAAAACGGAUUCAUUUGUCAAGUAAACUUCCCUAUUGGAUGCAAGCGAUUUGUCCCCAAGUCUUUUAUGUCACGGAAAAGGCAUGGAACUUUUAUCCCUACACAAAAACCGAAUACACCUGUUCCUUCGUACCUAAACUGAAUAUUUUGAUUCACACAAAAUAUGAGGACAAUCAAGGCGAUACCGAAAAUAUUUUUGACCUUCCUUCGACCACCGAACAUCAAAUCGAUAAGAUUGACAUCGCCUUUGACGAGAUAAGUGCAAAGCACUACAAAGAAAGUGAAGAUCCAAAGCUCUUCAAGUCAAAAGUCACAAAUCGAGGUCCCCUAAUUGAAAUGUGGCAAACACAUGAAAAGCCGAUUAUGUGUUCGUACAAAUUAGUUCACGUUGCGUUUGAAGUUUGGGGACUUCAGACGAAGGUAGAGUCGUAUAUUCACAGUUGUAUUCGGGAAAUUCUGCUUUUGGGACAUCGACAAGCCUUCACAUGGAUCGAUGAAUGGUACAACAUGAGUUUAGAGGAUGUGAGGGAGUACGAAAGUCGAAUACAGAAAGAAACGAACGAGAAAGUUUUGACCGAAAAUGCUGCGACAGGUGAAGAGGAUGCACAAGAGGAUCCUGAAAAUGUUGCUUCGUAAAAGAUGUUUUUUUUUUAGAACAAUGAUAUUUGUAGAAGAAAAAAUAAAUAGAAUUGAGCUAGAAACGCCAUGGUUUUGUGAUUUUUC